ACGAUAAAGCGUGUGUUCUCAAUAAUAGGAAGUACUUUAGCUUUAAGUAGGAUCCUUUAAUUUUAAAUGCAAUGUUUUUCUAUAAUGGAUGUAAAUUAAGAAUGCUUCAUUUCUCCUGGAUGGUACUGUGGUUUGAAGCCUCUUUGGAUGUAGAAAAUUGUGUUGAAGAUAUACAACAAUCAGUGUCCCAGUGGAGAUUAAAUAGAGCUUGAAUGGCUAGGUGUCAAUUGUAUAAAGGAAUGUGGUAGUGACUCAUACUUUAACUGACUUCCCAACUAUGUGUUUUUGUGUAUGCUUUAUUGGCAGCAACUGAAGGAGAUUGAACGACAAAUAUGUUUAUAACAUAGAAAUAGUUCAGUGAACAUACAUAUGUGCGAGGACAAUGUGGGUGGAUAAAGCAGUAUGUUGCCAUUUUCGAGUAAAAACAACGAAUUAGAAUUUAAGUUUGAUGAUGGCAAUUGUAUAACAAAGGAAGAUAAUCUUGGUAUACGAAAAAAGGGAGACAAACUUGAUAUCUCUUCAAAAAGGAAGUUAAAUUCGAUAUCUUUCCAGAAAUGGCUGAAAACGGAAACUGUUCCCCAGAGUUGCAGGAGGCAAUGUCCAUGAGGCUUCACUCUCAAGGCAGCUAUAAUGUUCAGGCCACGGAGAUGGCCCACUACCCUCCCGACAGGACUCCCAAGGUCAUCUCCUGCACUAUCAACUUCCUUGACGACAGUCAGCAGCGAUUUGAAGUCGACAAACGAGCCAAGGCACAAAAUUUGCUGGACAAAGUGUUUGAUCACCUGGAGCUUAUUGAGCGAGAUUAUUUUGGGCUGCAGUUCCUGGAUUUAUCACCAGACCCUGAUAGUGUGCUAAGGGAUAAAAUGGUAGAGGAAACAUAUGAGAAUGUCAAUGAGGUUAUAACCCCAACACAGUCUGAGAAUGGCUCUAUUUCCAUAGCUACAUGA